AUGUUAAGUUAAUUGGUGUAGGAAUUUUUAAUUGCAUUAUAUAAAAAAAUAAAUUUAACAUUAAAAUAAAGUUCUGUUAGAAGAAAUAAAAAUAAAUAAAUUUAAGUGAUUUACAUGUCAUACUAUAAACCCUUUUACCAAAGUGCCUACGAUCGCACAGUCCCAGCUUACCCACCAAGUUAAUAUGGUCCUUCAUACUACGGUCCUUACGAUCGUCCAUACUCAUAUCAAUCGAGAGCUCCAACGAGAGGUGAAUAAUGGUCUGAAUAUAUUCCUGUGGAGUAGAGAUACACAGACUAUGUGCCAGAAACAAAGGUUGAAUAUAGACCAGUCGAGAAAUCAUACACAGAUUACAUCGAAGGUUUAAAAUAUAAAUUAAGGAUGUUUAGUUAAACAUGAAACAGAUUACGUACCAGUUCCAAGAUUGGAAAAAAGAGUGGAAUAUAUUCCAGUGGACCGAUACGAUGAACAUGUGGAUUAUGUACCAGUGUAGAAUAGCCAUGUAGUGAAAGGACCUUAAAGCAGAGCUGGCUAUGGAUAUCAAUCGUAAUAUUUACCACCACCCCCACCUGCUCCUACAUCAUAUUCAAAUUAUAGAUACAGUCCAAGUAGAGUGAGUGGAUAUCGUCCAGCAACGGGCUACGGCUACAGAUACCUUUGAUUAAUAUAUUUAAUUUAGUA